AUGUCCAAUAAAAAUAACUCACAAAGCGAUCCUGCAGUGACUUACGGCACACCUACGCUAGCCGAUUGGAAGAUUUUUCUGCUAAAGGAAAACCAAAAUCCUACCCGUCCAAGACUGGCUUCGGACGAAUCAUCAUCCGAGUCGUCGUUUGAAUUAGAGGAAAGUUUUAAAGCGCUACUGGAGCGGAAACGUCGUGAAAUGGAAGCAACGGCACGGGAGGCUCAUUUGCCAGAGGAAGAAUUGGAUGUUCCCUGCCGAGCUGCAACUGAAGGGGACGUGAGGUUAUCCGGAAACGACUCAACAUACAUUGAGCAGGAUUCGAUCAGUAAGCUUUCCGACACAAGCUUCGAGGAAAUGGAACGAAUAUGCGCCGUGUUGGACAAGGUACAUGGAAUCGGGGAGAGCGCUAAAACCGUCACAAUCGAAAAAGAAGCAGAUGAGACAACAGAAAAACAACCACUGGAAUCAGUGACGCUCGGUGAUAUAACACAGCUCGAAGACAUCGACGAACCGACAGGACUUUGGGAGAACACGAUGCAUGCGGGUGGUGAUGCCGGCAUCUUAUCGCCAGUGAAGCGAAUGCACCUGCUCAGACCAUCUACAAUAUUGGAGGAAUCGUCGGUCGUAGAGCCGGGUGUCUCGAAGGAUUCGUCUCUCGAAACAUUUGUUUCAGCGAAGCAAUCCGCUGGACAGGAAACAACAAAUUCACUGAUAAGCAACAGCGGGGUGUAUCGUACGGCAGAGGAAACAUUCGCUACGGAUUCUUACGCCCGAAGCAGCAUUUUGGACAUGGAUUCGGGACUAACGAGUGAUCUUACUGCUGUCGACAAUCAAACAUGUGUUGAUCAGGAUGAGGAUUCCACUUACAGCAAGAAUUCUACCAGGGAAGCAAUGCCGGCGAACGUUGAUGAGAAUGUUAUAAUAUUGGAAAGCAGCGAAAGCGAAGGCGAAGAUGAGAACGAGAACGCCUCCGAGACCAACAGAGAACAAAUGAAGAACGAUAUCCAAUAUCGCUUAGAUUCCAUGUUGGAUGAGCAGCAAGAUGAGAGUCUACUAGACCAUGAGGACGACGAACACGAGGAGAUGGUGAGCAACUACAACUACACCACCGAUAUGUCCAUUUUGGAUGAAAUGCCGGAUCGUUUCAAUGAUACAAUGGAAGAGACGGACUUCAUGCUGAAGCAAGGCAUGAGACUAAUGGCACUGAAAAAGCAACAAGAAGAGGAACAGAAACGGAACCAGGACAAGGAGCAGUUCUCGUUGGAGCGACGUGACCAUCAUGACAUGUCGACGACUGCGAAAUCUCGUACAAAUUCCGACUCCGAAGACCCCUCCCGUUUGAUAAUGCACACCGGUUCGGAUAAAGGAAGCAAAAAUGCGACUCCAGUACGCGCACAGUUCUCGUAUCUCACGCCAACGAACGCCAUGCGGUCCAAGCUGAACGUUCAGCACGAGACGCAUAGCGGUGGCCACAGACAAGCACUGUUUUCCAGCGCCGGAAAGAAUAGUGCAACGAAGGCCAUUGCCAAUGGUGGCGGUGCUGCUUCGGCAGGAUCUUUUAAAAAGCCGAUAAGUCGUCUGCCACAUCUAAAGGUGCCGGCACGCAAGUUCGAUCAUAUCGUUUCGCCUAUCGGUGCGUACAUCAAGAAAACGCCCCAGAACGUACUGCAGACGAAAAUAAGCUGCAACAAUAAAAAUCUCAUCGAUUUGCUGCAUAGCGAGGGCCGGGACAGUGGAAGCUUACUUGGCGGAGGCAACAGCAAGGAAAACUACGCGAAGGUUGGUGGUGCGGUGAAUCUCAAAGGGUACACUUCGUCCUUGCCAAGAAAGGGUGUUAUCAGUUCCAACAGCGCCCACGUGUUGGAUGAGCGAAACGUUGUACGGAUUCCGGGUGGUGAGAAAAUGCAAAAGCUUAUCAACAACUCUCCCACAUUGGUCAUUCGUCAUGAGGGGCGAAUUAAAUACGCUACUAAGGAAUCAACCGAAAAUAUGCGGCAACUAAUGGGCAGAGGCACAUUAACUGACGAUAGUUUGGCUGAUUUAUCCGUCCUCUCCAACGACGUGUCCGUGCGCGUACUGAAAGAUGCCAAACAAUUUCAUUAG